AUGCAAGCAGACCGUGACCGAGUUGAAGUCUCUCCUUCUGCAAGGAAAAAGAAAUGGAUGUCACGGCGCAGAGGUGCAUUCGAUGUGAUUUUGUUGACUUUUGGUAUGACACAGGCGAUGUUGCAUGAUUUGGAGUGCGAGUACCAGCUCUCGAAGAAGCAGCAGACCAACAGGCCUCCGACAGCAUCUACAACCGAGGACAUUUCAGUAGAGCGGUGGCACACGGAAAGCGAUGGCUCUGGAGUUGCUUCACACAUUCCCUCGCCGAAUGAUAUACAGAUACUGCCAGAAUCAACAGCCGCAGGACUUGGAGCAGGCAACCUUGUUUCCGGAAAUGCAGGCACCAGUCUCCAAGAGAUGAUGUUUGAUAGGUAUGCUCACGACGGUUUCUCGGCUACAUCUAUGGAAUGGAUUGGCAGUGACAAUCUAGGAGCACCCUUGUCUGUCGACAUGAGCAACAUGAACGGGUUGGGAAUGUUACCUUGGUCGCCCUCGAAAAACACCUAUUCGGAAGCCAAUUUUAACAUCCCGUAUCCAGUCGAACACGCCACUGAUAGAUCAGCAAACCCGACUUUGACCUCACAGUUUCAGCUGAAUUUUCCGCCUCUGACUGGACAAACGAGGGACAGAUAUGAUGAGAAGUUGUGGGAAGAAGUUAGUUCAAAGAUUGCAAUUAGGAAUCUUCCAGGAUGUUCAGACCAUACCCCAAGAAUCGAUUUCUCUUUGACGGCAAUUUUCUCGCCAGAGCGCCGACGACUCGGGAAUCUAAGCAGGAGUGAACAAGACGAAGUGAAUGGAAUUUUCAGACGACUCUCCGACGCUCAGUCUCAGAUGUCAUUCGGUAUCAACUGCGAGGAAUAUGACUGCAUCCAUUCACGCUGGUAUUGGAGCGACACAGCGUUGACUGAAAAGUGCAAGUCUGCUUGUUUCGAAGAACCUCUCGGCAUUUCCACCUUUUUGACGAGAUCACAUUUCGACAGUUAUGUCCAACAAGCAAGGGAGUCGCCAUCGAUUGAGGGCUUAGCAGUGAAGCCACUGAUUGAUUCUGUUAUGGCUUUUGGGUUUCACGCCCUGGCUACAAGAUCCCAGUCCUCUGAAGGCUCUGAUGUGAGCAGGAAGGCGAUCGCUCGAAUAAGAAUGGCAUUAAACUCUCGCGAUGCCGUUCAGCGAUCGCCCGACACACUCCUGAAGAUGCAGACAAUCUUAGCAAUGGCGACAAUUUCUGAGCAGAUCGAUCGCAAAGUUUAUACUGAGCUCUUGUCAUACGCAGUCAGCUGUGCCAGAACCAGAAGAUUUAUGAAUCGUGAUUCGGUAUACAUGACCAUGACAAAAGAGAAAGAGUACCUUGCAAGGAGGUGUCUAUGGUACCUCUACUCGAUUGAAGUCGUCCAUUCCAUACGCGAUGGAAUGCCACCUAUCCUCACCCGCGACUGGACUGACUAUGCGCUACCCGAAGUCGCCAAGGACACAGAUUGGCUGCGCAUCCAAUGUCAAUAUGCCAACGCUCUCAGCUCAGCAGUCAAUACGCUCUACAGCCAAAGGGCUCUUAGCCAAAAUUUGGACGAGCGAGAACGAAAUCUGAUGCAGGCACACAAGGGCCUCGAAAACUGGCGAUCAGGUCUUCCAAUGCAUCUGCAGAAUAUCCAUCGGCACGAAACAGGGAAUCUCACCCUUGACGACCAGAAGACGCGCCAUUUGACAUUGACCAUGGUUCACACGUAUCACGAGGCCAUAUUUAUCAUUUUCUUUCCGUGGACAGGAGUCAAGUCUCAAGGACUAAUCUCGGAACACUAUCGCAAGACGAGCAUGGAGCUUUGCGUAAAAUCAGCCCAAGCUGUGUUAGCUAUCGCGGCCCGAAUCUCAAGCUGUGACAUACUCGACGGCAAGCUUCUCAAUCUGAUCGCAGUGUCGAUCUGUGUGACUUUCUUGGAUAUUGUGACUACCGGUUCCAAGAAAAGCUUGCCAUACCUAAGUAUGUGCUGUGGAAUUUUCGGAAGUUUGAGCUUGGACAACGAAUUGCCGCUUGCCGAUGCUCUCAAACUCACGCAGCUCGCUCAAAAGUCCGGGAAACCUUAA